AUGUCAAUUGUGGUCGGAAUGUGCUUUGUCAUUUAUGGAGACUUUUAUUUGAAUCUUACAGGAUCGAUCAUUGCUCUGAUGGCCAUACUUUUUGGAGCCACAUCACAAAUUGCAAUCAAUUAUUACUGCAAAGAAUAUGAUAUCAAUGGAUUUGAAUUAUUAUUCAACCACUCUAUUUAUUCUUCAAUAUUUUUGGCCAUUUUAGCCUUUCCUGUUGAUGGUGUAGAAUCAAUUUCACAUAGUAUGAACAGAUUUCUGACUGAUCCCUCUUUCUUUAACGUCAUUAUUAUUUCAUGUUUUGCUGCUUUUAUUGUCAAUGUUGCUGGUUAUUUAGUAAUUGGAAAAUUAUCUCCCCUUACGUUUCAAGUGCUUGGCCAUGCUAAGACCAUUUCAAUUUUAAUUGGAGGAUUUUUGUUCUUUGAUCAAGAAAAUGAAUUGAAUCCAAUCAAGCUUUUUGGUAUCUUAAUAGCCUUGGCUGGAACUAUUGCAUACUCCUACAUUAAAUACCAGCAAGAAAUCAAGAAGGACCAGUCUACAAGUACCAGCAGCGUCAGCACUAGCGAAAAUGUUGCAAAGCAUGAACCUUUGCCUCAAUCAGAACAAGAAGCAGAUGAUCUUGAGGCCAAUCUCGAAAAGCAAUCCUCAACAGAACAGCCAACAAAUGAAGUUGUGACAACAACUGUCGAGGAACUGCCCGUACAAGAAAGCAAGAAAUAA